AUGAGCUGGGGCCUGAUGCCGUUCAGUUUUCCGGUGUCCUCUCACGGCAAACACGGAGACCGCUACAUUCCCUCCAGAGCUGGCGCUAAUUGGAACCUGCACUUCCACAGCUCGGCUGACGCUGACAAUUCCCCAGGGCAGAAGCAGAAAGAGGAUACCUGGGGCAGCGGCCAAGACGACUCGGUCUAUUCUGCCUUGUUGAAGAAUGAGCUCCUGGAAGCCAAGAUCCAGACCGUCCCGGAGCCCAGAACGCCUGGCGCCCCAAACAAGAAUCUGUUCACGUACUCCCCGAGCACUAAGCGCUGGAGGCCUGACGAUGGCAGUGAAGUCACUCCGUAUGCCUUAUCCCCCAUCAGCAUCAAAAGCCAGAGUCUACUCGUGUCACAACGGAAACCCACUAAGAAGAUCCCUCAAGUGCCAUUCAAAGUCCUCGAGGCCUCGGGACUCCGAGAUGACUUUUACUUGAACCUGCUGGAUUGGUCGUCCCUCAACAUCGUCGCCGUCGGAUUGAGCACUUGUGUCUAUCUCUGGAGUGCUUGCACGUCCCAGGUGACCAGGCUCUUCGACCUGUGUGAUGAAGGAGAUUCGGUAACCUCUGUGGGCUGGUACGAAAAAGGGAACCUGUUGGCAGUCGGCACCCAGAAGGGCCUUGUGCAGAUCUGGGAUGUAGAUGCUGAGAAGAAAGUGUCCACGAUGGAGGGGCACAAAGCUAGAGUCGGUGCGUUGGCCUGGUACGCAGACCAGAUCUCCUCGGGGAGCAGAGAUACGAGGAUCCUCCAGAGAGAUAUCCGGGCCUCCCCCCUGCAGUCUCAGCGCUGGCUGCAAGGCCACAAGCAGGAGGUGUGUGGGCUGAAGUGGUCCACGGAUCAUCAGCUGCUGGCCUCGGGUGGCAACGACAACAAGCUCCUGGUCUGGAACAACUCCAAUUUCAGGCCUGUCCAGCAGUACAUCACUCACAAGGCGGCCGUGAAGGCCAUCGCCUGGUCUCCCCACCAGCACGGCCUCUUGGCAUCCGGUGGCGGUUCGGCCGACCGCUGCAUUCGCUUCUGGAACACGCUGACCGGGCAGCCCCUGCAGCGCAUCGACACUGGUUCCCAGGUGUGCAACCUGGCCUGGUCCAGACACGACAACGAGCUGGUCAGCACCCACGGCUAUGCCGAAAACCAGAUCGCCGUCUGGAGAUACCCCUCCCUGGUGCAAGUCGCCAAACUCACGGGGCAUCUAUACCGAGUCCUGUACCUGGCCGUGUCUCCCGAUGGACAGGCCAUAGUGACGGGGGCCGGAGACAAGAGCCUGAGGUUUUGGAACGUCUUCCGGAAAGCCCGUUCCCAGAAGGAGUCCGGAUCGGCCCUCAGCCUCUUCACUAGAAUCCGGUAA